GUAAAUGGCCAAUAAAAAUACAAAAAAUUCCUUUGAAUGGUUAUCAAGCUUUAAACGGAAAUGAUCAUAUAAACUCUUUGAAUUGGGAUUCCAAGUUAAGGAUUGCUUCGUGGUACAAUUUGAUGAUUUCCGUAAUAGAAUAAUCACAGCAUAUAAAUAUACUACUAGUCCAUCAUUGAAAUUAUCUUUAACAGAAUCGACUAAAUUCAAUGUUAAUGAAGGAGUACAAUUGACGUUAUCAUUUAAAUUAUUUAAUUUAUCCAGUUAUAAUUAUUAUCGAUUUGAAGUUUGGCAACCGAUCGGUUUACUUUUUGGUAAUUAUAACCAAAUAGCUAACAAAAUUUUGUAUCAUUCAAAUUUAUCUAAAUGGUUUAAAAUUGAAUGUGAACCGCCAUCAGUGUCGCCAUCAUUAGUAUCUACUCAUAUGUUGAAUUUAGAUCAAAUGAAAAUUAUAUGGCAGCCUCUUUCUCCGGAGGAGUGGAAUGGAAUACCUGGUGGGUAUUUAAUUACAAUUCAGGAAGCUGAGAGCGAACAUACACACAGUUUAAUGACAACUUAUCCGAAUCACGAUCAUAUGUAUAGUGCAAAUGAAACAGUAAAAAUUCAAAUUAUUCAAAGCAAGUGUGGUUUAGAUUAUUUACAAAUAUUUAUUAAUGAUAGCACGGCUUUCUCAUAUAUCACUGGAGAUUUGAAAUUCGAUAGUGAUUACAUAAUAAGUAUUCGUGCUGCAAGUGUAGAAAUCGGAAAUUCUGACAAAUGGUUAUUGGGUCCACAAACUGUUAUUCAACAUUUGUCAAUUUACAAACAAGCAAAAAAUAAUGAAGACAUAAGAUUUCUAAUUUCGAUGAGAACGUCAAAAUUUAUUCCAUACAAUCUUAAUGUUUCACGUGAACUAGAUUGGGUAGUUGUGAGUUGGAAAGAGAAUAUCAAAGUAGAGUGUGGACAAUUACCAGAAGGUUACCAACUAAUCUUCAAUAAAGUAUGGUUUAACGAAAAUACAAAUGAAACAUUACAGAAUGAUGAUGUUGAUGAUGAUGAUGAUGUCAACUAUUUGAAAUUUAUUCCAUUCAAUCAUACAAAUUUAAAUCGUAAUAAAAUUUUACAAUCUAGUAAUUCAUUUUAUGAAAAUAUCUUGAAACUUCCAUUGAAAAUAUUUUUUAAUUCAAAUGAAGCCUGUUCUUUUAAUGGAUAUUUAAGAUUUCGAUUAUAUAUAAUUGGCCAGUCAAUCAGUAAAGAUACUGAACAGGCUACAGUUUAUAUGAACCUUAAAGGAGAGAAACUAAGACACCGUUUAUUACUGCGUAAAAUAAUUCCAUUGUCAAAACAGAAAAAAGCACGUGUGCUGAUUACUUGGAUACCAAACAUUAAUAAUGAUAAACCAUUGUUUCCUCAUACAAAUACAUUCACUUUAAAAUGGACAAGAAUUGAUCCUAUAUCAUAUGAAAAUUUGAGUUUACCAUUCACACGAUUAAUCAGUUGGCCAGAUGCGAAUAAUCCUGUCUUGAUGAAAUCAAUUGAAAAAGCAUCAAUGAAACAAAAAUAUUCAGAAUAUUUGAUUACUGUUGAUGAGCUGUCAAUGGAAGCAACAUAUUUAUUUCAACUAAUCGAAACAAACUUCAGUCAACCGAUAAAUAUUACCGUAAACGAUGAAAAAAUGUGUUCAAGUAAAACAGAGUUAUUGGUUUAUGUAACAACCGUUGAAAGUUUUCAAACAAGACCACGCCAACGUCCAGUAACGCCCAAAAUACAAAUAUCACAGAGUAGUAUCACACAAAAACAGAAUAAAUAUACAAUUUGUCCUAUCGCCACAGCUCAUUUAUCGUGGCCUAAUUAUUUACGCCAGUUACAAUCAAAUCAAACAACUGAAUAUAGUUCCGGAUUUCUGUAUACAUCUCCAGUCACAAAUUAUACUUUACAUUAUGCAGAAGUAAUGAAUAAUAGUUUCAGUGAAGAUAUUUAUAGUAAGAAUCCAAAUAAUUAUGGUUCUGUUAACUGGAAGACGUAUCAACCAGCACCACAGAUUGAUGAAGUGAAUGAUUUCUUAGUAGAUGGGCUCCUACCUUAUAAAAUGUACAUUUUUCGUCUAGCUGCUCAAACUGAUACUGGAAUUAGUCCUUUCAGUCUACCAACUGAUAUUUUGGUAACAAGUCCGCAAAGACCUUGCUAUUAUUCAAUUAAAUUAGAAUUUGAACUGAGAUCUCAUCUGCACUUUGAAAUAUCCCAAAGUUCUGGUCAGACCGCAAGGAGACAGAGAGAUAUUGUAACAAGGGGUUAUUGUGAAUAUUUAUUGUUAAAGUGGAAAGCAUUAAACUAUCGUCAAUGGAAUAGUCAACCUGGUUGGUAUCAUAUCACAUAUAAAUUAUGGUUAUCAAAUGAUAAUAAUACACAUACUCAAUUAUUCAAUUUAUUUAUAAAACAUGAUGAAAAUAAAAUUAAAAAUUCAUAUUUCCAUAUAGAAUUGAAAAAUUUAAUACCAAAUAAAUAUUAUUUAUUUUCUAUUGAAGCUAUAAAUGAUUAUAGUACAACUAAUACAUUCUCUUCAAUGAUACAAUUAUCAUCACUGAUAUUUAUUAAUAGUGGAAUUGGAUGUAAUCAAAUACAAUUACAGUAUAAUCAUCAAAUGAAACAAAUGACUGAAUCAUUAGUUAUAUAUAAGAUGAAUAAGAUCAAUUAUCCUGUAUUAUUAAGUAAACUUGUAUUAAGUCCAAUUAAUUUUUUCUGUUUCUCUGAUCCUAUUCAAGUUUUGAUUAAAUGUACAUGGGAUUAUAAAGAAUUUCAAGGUAUUUUAGGAUUUAUUUUAGAACUACAUGAAUACGGUGACAUAAACUAUAACAUCUCCUAUGAUUCCAUUAAAAUUCAUUCCAUCUUCAUUAAGCCACAUGUACACGGUAUUUUGUUAUAUUCUGCAUCAAGUAUAACUCAAUCAAAUGUUAUCCUAUCAGGUCAAACAAUUAUUAAACCAUAUUUUUAUUAUAAAAUGUCAAUUCACGUUAUAACAACGGGUGGACAUGGACCAAAAGCAUAUUCCCCGCAAUCCAAUUAUAAAGGGACACAAAGUAAUACAAAUGUGAAAUUACAUCAUUCAAUAGAAAAUGAUUGUUUAUCUGGUGAACUGUUAUGUACAUCACAAUCACCACCGAACUCUCCAUUUUCAUUAGCAUCUCAAUGGUUAUCAAGAAAUCUAAUUAAACUUGAAUGGUCACAACCUGAACAAUUGAAUGGAAAACUUGUAAAUUAUCGUGUCUCAUGGAGUGAAAUUACUUUUCCAUCCAAAGAUAAUCAACUUACUGACAAAAAUUCAACGAAUAGCAAAGAAAUUGAGCAACAAUUUACAGUGAUACUAAAAUCAUUUGAAACAACAUAUACCAUAGAUCAGUUACAUGAAAAUACUUCAUACAUAUUUAAAGUAUAUGCUCGAACACAAUCAAAACAAAAUGAUGGUUGGAGUACACCAACUUGUAUUUAUGCGUCAACAAGUUAUUGUUGGUUUAAUUCACCUCAAAUAACCGGAAUCAUAUCUCAACAUAAAUGUGAUUUUAAAAAUUUACUCAAAACAAUUGACCCAAGCUUGGAAAAGUUUUGUUCAUUCAAUUCACCAAUAUUACGUCGUCCAGUAGUGUUUAUCAGUAGUAUAAAUAAAAAUGCGACGAAUCAAAAAUUUAAAAAUUUGACUAGGAAUUCAUUACAGUUUCAUUACAAUGAAACAAAUAUAAAUUAUGCAUCAACUGUCAUUACAAUUCUAUGGAGUGAAGUCAUGUCUGGGAUCAAUUCGAUUACGCAUAUAUUAAUUGAAUUACGUUAUUCAUGGAACUUGAACAAAUGGUAUUCUUUUACUAUGAUAAACAGUUCAAUGAGAUUGUACACUUUUGAUUUUGAAGAUUUAACAAAACUUUCAGUCAAUUUAAAUAAGGAUUUAAAGCAUUCAUUUAAUGCAGUGAAAAGAAAAGUGAAAUCACAAACAACAAUGAAUGAAAUCAAUCAUGAAGCGACAAUACGAAUGAUUACAGCUGCAUUUACUGAUGCUAAUGUUCCGAUAGAUUCUACAACACAUGUAGCUAUUCAAUUUCGUGUAUCUCCAGUUAAUCAAUUUCAAAUAGGUCUACCUAGUCAAGAGUCAGACUGGAGUGUUAUAAAGUUAAAAACAAUUGUAACACCAUUUUAUCAUCAUUGGUGGUUUAUAAUCCUGUUAGGAUUAUGCGCUGUAACAAUCAUCUUCAUUUUAAUGAUUACUUUGAAGUGGAAUAUACACAGAAGGCAACAAUUAAAUAAAUCAACAUUUGUUACUGAAAAAUAUGAUUCCAAAGUAUCUUCAUCUAAUGCUUUUAUGAAUGAUUGCUGUUUAACAUUUAAAGUAUAUCAUUCAAACUAUUUGACAAAAACAAUGAACAAUAAUAUCCAACCAAAUGGUGAGAUAUGUGAAUAUCCAAAUAUGAUUAAUUCAACCUUUCAUAACAUUAGAUCACCUGAAACAGUUGAAUUAACAACAGGAAUACACUAUACUGAGAAUUCUAAUAAUGCAUUACAUAAUAAUGAAAAUCCUUUUAAUCUUGUCCUAAAUAAUCAUAAUUGGGAUGUUCUAUACAAUACUAGUCCAGAAAUUCUUAUUGCUCAAACAGACAGUUCACUUGGUAGUAAAGCUCCAAGUAAUAGAACAGUUAGUACAAGUGAAGUAGAAAGAUUUGAUGAUUUUACUCAAAAUUACAAUAAUUGUGUAACAAGUCAAGGAUUAAUAAACAACUCAAAUCAGUCAUUAUAUCCUGAAAUGAACCUUACAAUUAACUCACCCUACAAUUUUUUAUUACCAUACUCAUUUCGAAAUAAUCAAUUGAUUACUGACUUAAGUCAACCAAUAAACAAUGAAAUAUUAAUAAACCAGAAUUUACCGAGUCCAUGCAAUUCAAACAAACUAUGCAUUGACCAAUUAUCAGCACCUUAUCUUUACUCAUCUUCACAAAAUGAGUCUACAAUACUAAAUCAGAACAAUUUAUGCCAAUUAGAUAUCAACGGAAGAUUCAAAUUCGAUGAGUCAAUAAUACCACUGAACCAAAAUAUUAAUUCCUUACCAUCUGUUCAAUAUCAACGGAAUACAAAUUACCAGAAUGAACAAACGCAUCCUAAUCAAAAAUCUUAUGAUGUAGAAUUUUCAAUGACUCAAAAUCGUUCUGUCUAUCAAAAAUUUAUAAGUUCCAUCAAUAAUACACCAUCAAGUAAUGGUAACGCUUCUUUCAACUUGACGGCUACCAUCCCAAAUAAUCACAGUAGUAAUCAUCAUUCUUAUCAAAUGAAUACAAAUGGAGAUAAUUAUAUAAUGUCGAAAUCACAUAUAGAGACGUAUGAACCAGAAAAUUCAAAUUAUAUGAAGUAUAAUAGUUUACAGAGAAAAUCUUUAAAUAGAAAUUCAAUGACUACUGAUUAUAAUAGGUUUAAUACAGUUAAAACAAGUAUGGAAUUGAAUUCAUUGCCAAUGGAGUAUUCACCUUUUAAUAAUAAAGAUAAUCAAUCAUCAGUGCGUCACGAUGGACGGCGUCUUAUACAAGAUUUCGAUUUCAAUUUAUUACCUGAUCAUUUGACUCUGAAUGGUCAGCUCAAUCAAACAUCGAUAAAUAACACCACGGUCAGUCAAAUAUCAAAUAUUUAUUCAACAGGAUCUCAUAAUGAUGACAUUAGCAAUGAUAAUUCUCAGUUUAGAAAUACAAAACAUUCAUUAAAACAAGAGAAUAUUCAUCAAUCCCUAUCACCUUACAAAAAUACCGAUUUAUUGUUUAAUAACUACAAUUCUACAAUGACCAUUGUUAAGAACAACGACCAAGACACAUUAUCGAGUUGGGAUGAAAAUCUUGAAUUUCAUAUUACAACAGACUUGGAAUUGUUAACGUCUACAGAAGUUUAAUCAUGGUUUUACAGUGUUCUGAAGUGUUUUAGUUCCUGUGAAUCAUGUUUUAACUGAUCUUUCAUCGAUUCACUAUGUUGCCUAUUUUGUUUGCGGAUGAAUCCUAUCAGUAGAGAGAUAGUUGAAGUAAUACUAAGAUAUGUGGUUCUAUACACUUAUAUAUUGUCUAAUAGCAGAUAUUAUGCAUUUUGUUUAUAUUGUAACUACAUUGUAUUAAAAGUACAAAUUGUUUCUGAUAGCUCCUAUUUUGUUCAUUGAAAGUGUACAGUUAUACAGACAUAAUUAUAUCUGAAUCUAAGUUAUUUUCCUUAAGUUAUUAAGUGUUCUUUAAACCUGUCCUCUUUCGUUUUUCUCUUAGAAACUAUGAUACAUUAGAACGUUAUGAAAAAACAAUGGAAUUUUUAAAAUCUAUUUUUCUCCUCCCAUUAAUGAAUUUCCAUAAAUUAUUUGAUAUUUGUAAAUAUAAUAACUGCAUUUCCCACUCUGUGUCCACUUUAUUUAUUGAUGCAAACAUGUUUAUUAACCUUUCAGAAGAAAAAAAACGUUAUUUUGUUUCGGAUUUCAGUAAUUCGUCUUAUCAUUUUUUGCUUCUGUGUUUGCUUGACAAGUUUUAUCACAUGAUAUAUAUAAAUACUUUGAUUAUAAGAUAACUUUAAACAU